GAGGGAGCACAGCCAGGACAGCUGACCUGAACUAGGUUAAAACAUGAUAGGGCUCAUUUGUAAAUAUUUUUCAAAUCUUCAGACCUGUAUGCAAAGGAAAAAAUAAUUGAAGAUAUGCGGAUGACAUUAGGAGAACAAGAACAGACUCAGAUUAAACAAGAAGAAGUGAUGGAAGCCAAACUAGAAGAGAUCAACAGAUUAGUUUUGGAACUGGAACUAUGGAAGCAGAAAUUUAGAGAGCUGAAUAACCAGAGCGAUAGUGACUGGCAGCAAAAGAUGAGCAAAAAUGAGGAGAAAAACAGAAGUGAAAAUGAGGAAAUAAUGAAGCUGCAAAAAGAGCUGAAGGAAAAUGAGGCAAAGUAUCAAAGUGAUAGAACGAAGUGGCUGGAGGAGAAAAUGACACUCCUACAUCAAGUAAAAGAAGCUGAGAUCCUUCGCAACAGGGAAAUGAGAAAAUCUGAGGAGGAAAGAGAGCACCACGUAAAGAAGCAGAAAUUGAAAGUCUUGCUGCUGCACAGCUGGCAGAAAAGGACAACAAUCUUCAAAAGUGGCGUGAAGAAAGAGAGAAAUUAG